UCCACGCUCACCAUGGAUCUAACUGUGGCUGGCAGAGGAAUUCCUAACAGGCACAAUGUACCUACAUAUAUCACUACUGAAUGAAGGGUAAAACUUUAAUUGAAGAAAUCUAUUAAUAUUAUAAUAGUACAGCACCUCCGAGUCUAUGAUUGUAAGUACCAAGAUCAAUGACAUUUAAUCUGGAAUGGAUGUGUUUGUAUUGCCAAUUUAAUUUGUGUAGCUCAAACUAUAAUUUUCUCCUCCUGGAUAUUGUCAUGUUUAUGACCUUAACUAAAGGCACAUGUGUUUUCCACCAAGUCAUUUCCAAAGUUGGAUUAUGUGAGGUGGGAGUUAUUGAGUGAUGACAGAAUUCUGUCUGGCCUGUCAACAGUUAUACAGCUUACACAUGGAAAUAUCAUCAGAAGGAAUUUUAUUAUGACUAUAACAUUUAUGAUAUCCUUCAUAUGAUUUUCUGAUAAAGAAUUGUAUUUAAAUCACUUUCAAUGGAGGAAACACACGAUAAAGGCAUUUUUCCACUGAUCAACAAUAAUCUGGCUGCUUAUGGAAUGUUUCAACGGCCCAGUCAUGACAUGGUUAAACAAAGGGAACAUCAUGAUUACUUCCUCCAGCCUUUCCAAGAAAGUGAUGAGUACGAGUCGGAAUCUUAUUCCGAUGACAGUUUGGACGACAGCAUGUUCUACCCAAUACUUAGUGUCCCUGGAACAAAUGGACAGAGUAUUGGAGUCUGGUCGUAUCUAAAGUUUGAAAGCAUUGCCAUAUUCUCCCCGAGCUCAGGAGACACCAUGCAGAAAAUUGUGAAGUAUGCAGAGCAGAAUUUAUCAUAUCAGAGAGAUCAACAUAAGUUAAUGAUGCUAGCUCCUGGUCAGCUGACUCCUAUUGACAUCAAAACUGUGUACAGUGUACGACCAGGAUCAGUCAUCAUGAUCAUGCCGGAGUCUUGUGUUUUCGUCACAGUUGAUAUCGGCCAGUUAAAAGCCAGUUUUACGCUCACUGUAGACGUGACAAUGACAGUUUACAAAAUCAAAUCUCUAGUGAAAAAGAUGAAAGGAAUUCCAAUAGAUCGUCAGGAAAUUCUGUACCGGGAGAAAGCUCUAGAGAAUUAUCGUCGGUUAUUAGAGUACCGUGUCACCAACAAAUGUACUCUGUAUGUCAUGAUCCAGGCCCACUUUGACUUACUGAUCAACAUUGAGACAUUUUGGGGUAAAACCUACAGGUUCUACGUAGACCCCUGUUGUACUGGUACUGACGUCAUAUACAUGGUGUUCAAUCGCACAUUCAGUCGAGGUGGACCAGAGGAUGCUGGGAUACAUGAACUUUAUGUACCUAUUCAUGUGCUGGUUCUACAGUACAAGAGUAGCUUUGUCAACUCAGACUACUGUUUGGCAUAUCUUGGCAUACACACAGGUGAAACUCUGACCCUGACAACAGUUGGUCACCGGAGCAACCUAAAUCUCCAGUCGAUCUCCGUGGUGACAGAAUCAGGUGAGAGAUACGGAAUUACAGUGUCAAAAUAUGACAGAUGGUCCAUCCUUGCUUUCAUGCUUCAUGGACUCACAAAUGUACCAGUUGACCUCAUACGACUGUACAAGGACAAUCAGCGAAUGGAAUUGUCCUCAGUGAUUGGAGACCUUCCUAACAAUACGGUCAUCAUGAUGAACGUUGUGCUGACUCACAUGGACAGUGAUUUGGUUUUUGGCGUGCCUCUACGGGUAAAUCUUGGUCACGGCAUCAUUGAGAACAUUAGAGUCACCCCAAACAAGUCUGUAAAGUCUGUCAAGAGGAAGCUUGAGCGACUGGGUGUGCCUAAUGCCACACAAUAUGAACUUGUGACUGGUAACAAGAAACUCGUCAAUAAGGCACUGGUCCAAAAUGUUGUGCUUGAUGUCAAGUCGCCACUGCUUCUCCAACUUGACACGUUCCCUGUAUUUGCCCAUACUCCUGACGGGAUUAUAUACAAAACUAAUACAAAUGUUCGCCAAACUAUCGGAGAAUUCAAAAAGAAAAUCCAAGAAAAGUCCUCACAUCCAUUGUCACCUUGUCGUAUAGUAAUGGCAGGAGAGGAAUUGCUUGGCCAGGACACUAGCAACCUGUACGAGGCUGGGGCCAAUGUCAGAUCUUCUCUGUUUAUCAAAACCAGUCAUAGCACACAUUGCUUCUUUGUUAUAGGAAACAACUGGAUGGUAAAAGUCCGUGUUCCUGUGAGACCAACCUCUGAUGACAUUCGUCAAAGUGUUUGGGAAACAAAGAAAGUGCCCGAGUGUAGCAUCAACUGUAUACUAACUCUCCUUCACUGGUUUUUUAUGCCACGUAUGUCAGGCAAGAACAAUGUUCCAGUCCAACGUCGAAUAAAGAAAAGAAUGCCUAUAGCAAAGGAGGAAUUGAUUCCAAUGGCCGAGAAUGAACUAGCUGUGGAAACAGAUUUCAUACUUGAAAAAAGGAAGGACAAGUUUCGUCCUUUGAUUUUGUCCGCCACACAUUCUGUACAUUCCAAGGAAGGCGACUUAACCUCAAGGUCAUUGAACAACAAUGCUGCAGCAAGCAGUUUCAUUCACCCCAAUGUUCGUCCUCACUUUGAACCAACACAGUUCUUGGAUCACAAGGACCACAACGCCACACAUGGAAACAAAGGAAAGCCACACACAAACUACCGGAAAGAUACUAAAGACCAUAGUGUUGUCCCCAGGUCAAAAAAUCCACCAUGGAUUGGGGAUCUUCAGCGAAAAAACAAAACAAACCGUCUUAUCUUAUCCGACUUUGACAAUGGACCCGAUUUCAUGUUCAGCAAUUCAAAAAAGAAGAAGCCUCAUUUUGAGGCAAGGAGUGUCCCUGAACGUCUUCCUGGAAUUUUACAGUGUAAUCCGGACAGACACAACCACCCUCUCCGCUACAAGGGUUCUCGCCCUCAUCAGAACCCACAUACACACCGUAGGGCUGGAUCUGAGGGCGAUGCAGGAGAAAAAGUCUUUCUCACAAAACCAUUCAAACUAGUGGACCUCAGUCCAAAACGCAAAAGGCGGGUGUAAAAGUGGAUCAUAGCCCUAAACACUAACAUCUAGUGUAACAAUGUAUGCUUCAAAUGAGAUUUAAGGAUAUUCAUAAAGAAAAAAGGAUAUGGUAGAUCUUUUAAUGCUUCUAAAUAUGGAACAGUCUAGUGCAACACCUAUACUGAACAUCAGAACUGACUGACUUCCAGAAGUAAAGGCCAAGUGUAAGAUGUGUAUAUUGUGUACGACUGUAUCUUUUGUAUGAUUAUAUCAGUGUAUAUGUUCACACCUUGUCACUGGGUGCUAUACCCAACACAGGGCCAUUGUUGUAGCAAUAUGGAGACAAAAGAUACAAUCACUAUAGACUUACAGAUUGUAUGAUAGCCUGUAAUCUGUACAAGGAUCUGAAAUCCAUUUAAAUACGUAUUAUAAUCACAAUGAAAUUUUCUGUUUAGACAGAACUAACCCCAUUGUUUUUGUCAUCUUAUUAACAUAUAUGACAAUAAAAUUGUCUAACUUAA